AUGGCAGAUGGCUUGAUAAAAGUGCUCAUACCAUCUGCCCUGGCUGUACUCUACCUGUGUCCACUGUGGGAUGUGGUGUUCUACAAGACUACCAUUCACUAUUUCAUUGUGGGAUUCUUGCUACGUGAAGAUAUUGUUAUCAUUCUUCUUCUUUCUCAUGUUGGCUGGAAUGGUCCCUCUACAACCAUCAUAUCUUGUCCAAGAGAUAAAUCUAGAGUAGUCAAGAAUAUUAUCCAAAAGAAAAUCUUACCAAUUCUUGAAAAAUAUCGAGUUCCUCUACCUUUGGAUUGUCCAUUUCACAGUGAAAGGGAUGUGUUGUGGUGGCCUGAUGAAGCAAAUUCAAAUGAAAGAGAAUGGACUUGUCCUGUCUGUGGUCAGAAGUUUCUUUGUGAAGAUGGCUUGGAAACUCACUGGGAUAGAAUCCACACCACUCUUACCAACAAGAUUUAUGUUCAGCAUGAAGAUGCAGUAUGUCUUGCCAAUUUCUGUGACAUUAUGCGAUGUGAAGUCCUACAAGCCAGAAUGCUGAAGAAAAAACAUGAUUGGCACAUGCAAGAACUUGCCAAAGACAAGGACCAUCAUCCUCACAAAGUUAUUCCUACUAAAGAAAACAACCUUGCAGAAACCAGAAAACACAAAGACUGUGAUAGAGAACAGUUAAUUCGGCUUCAGCACAAAUGCAGAGCAGUGAUUCGUCAGUGCAUAAUGGGUUUAUUAGCCACUCUAAGUCUGCAAGACUUUCUGGAUAUCGAAGAAGAGAUAAACAAAGCCACCUGUUUUUACCUCACAUGUGAUCGGUUUUGGGAUGAUUCUCUUCAAGAGGUUCGCCAUAUCCCUACUUUGUUUUGCAUCAUUGUCGGAACAAUCAUGGUUGGAGGAUUCUGUCUGUGCUACUACAUUGUAUGGGUUUUGUUUGACUCUCCUACUCAGGAAAGUCUCAGCACUGUUAGACUACUUUCACUGAAGCGUCGGUACAGUGAUAGCCACAGUAUCUUUCCUAGCUACCACUAUCACAGGCUUAGCCAAGAACCACUGGUGGAACAAGAGCCCAUAGAAAGGGAUCAGACAUGAACCAGACUAUUUCAAGGUUUUUUGAAUAUCCCUGGCUCCUAACUACUCUCAUCUAUAUGAAUCUUGGAACUUUUUCACAAGCUUGAUCAUUACAAAAUAAGAAGCAUUUUUCUUCUACAUAAAAGCUUAUUAGACUUAUGUAAUGCUAAAUUUAAAAUUUCAACAUGAUGUCUCUCAUGCUAACUAUGCACAUUUUACUUUAAGAAAGGUUUACAAUAAAUCAUUUACGGUGGUAAAUAAUCUUUUUUUUAUGUGUACGUUAUAUGUACUUAGGAUUCUGGUGCACCAUGUUUCCUAUAUUAGGUGUUAUCUAUAACAAAUAUAAAGGUUAUAAAGAUAUCAAUAACAAAUAUUCACAGUUGUGUUAUUAAUACAAGUUUACCACCUCUGAUACUUUAUUAACUUGAAUGCUAUAGACUGAACUGUAAUACCUAAAAACGUAUUGUAUGUUGUAUAAAUUUUUAUGAGGCAUUUUGAUAAUAUGCAUAGUAUCCUACAUGUUUGACAAGUAUCACUGACUGAAAUGCUAGGAUGCAUGAUACUUACCUGAUUUGUGGACUAAACUGCUGGCAUACAUGAUAUGCAUUUGAAAUGAGACAGAAAUAAUACUUUAGACAAUAUUUACUUGAUAAAUACAAUAUAUAUAUAUAGCAAGUUAAUAAACUGUAUAAUAAUACAAUAUAAUUUUAUCCUUCGUGUUGAGGAUAUAAUGUAGCAAAUUACCAUGAACAAAAUUUUAGAGUGCAUCAUAAUUUACAUAUUAUUGCUUUAAAAGUCAGGUUAAACAAGCUGUAUAAUUUUGCAGCAAGUUUUACAAUUAAAAUUCUAAGUUUCCUGUAAUCUACCUCAUUUUUUGUAGAUCAAACUGUGAACAGAGAAAAUGUGUGUGAAGGGAAAAGUUAACUUUAGUUAACAGACCAAUAAGGUAUAUAGAACACAGUAGGUGAUAUAAUAAUCAAAGUGACUUUUUUUUAAGUUUUGAUACAUUACCCAGCAUAAUUGAAUAAACAUUUAGAAAUAUUCAGUAAGUAUAUAUUUAAUAUCUAGGAAAUUACUUACAUUUUUCAGCAGACUUCACUGUCAGGAUGGAAAAACACCUAGGUAAUUAGAGAAAUAAAAUACCAGUUGGAACAAGAUAAAUGUUUGACACUAUGAAAUAUUCUUUAUUAUUAAACACCAGAAGCUUUGUAAUCAAAUUUUAAAGAAGAAUAUAAUAAAUGCAUGUAAAGAAAUUCUUAAUGGUACAACUGCAACAAGAAACUUUGGUGUACAGAGUGUUAUCCAUUACAUAUAUAUAUUACUACCAAAAUGUGACUUCAGGUACUUUUUUCUUUCCUCAUCAGCCACAGAAUGAAACGACUAACAUUAAAUAUGGUAUGGAUGUAAUUCCUGUAGCAGUGAAUAAGAUUUUCCACUGAAAAUUAUGUGAUUAUCUUAUACACACACACACACACAUAUAUAAAAGAAAACUCAAAUCCCUUCUUCUUUACCAAACUGUUCUUUAUUUAAUUUGUUUCUUAACAUUACAGGUUAGUCUUCAUUAUAAACCUUUGUCCCAAAUAACCUUAAUGUUUCUUUGGAGUUAUCCAUAGCAUACUUAAGUGACAUCUAUGUAUAUAUAUAUAUAUAUGUGUGUGUGUGUAUUGUAGUGAAAAUAAAUAUGGAAAUUACAUACAGUGCCUCCAAUGGCUCAGCAGUAAGUAUGAGUCUACAACAAACACUUGAACUACACACAAAGAUAAGUCUAAAUCAUGUACAUCACAGCCACCUCCCUAGAUGAUACUGUUGUUUACAAUAGGGUAAAUACAGGUACAGCUAUGUUAAUGUGAUAUUCUAUUUCCCAUCCAAUCAGUCAAAAACAAUGCCACACCAGCUUACCAUUUAUACAAACAUAAUUAAUACUACCACCUCAGUUGUGUUUGUUAAAGAAAGUAUGGCAUCUACAAGAGAAAAUACUCCAUGACAAGCAUGUAGGAGUUGUCAUUUUGGCCAGUGCUGUGUACAAGACACUCUUGUAGGUAUGAGAAAUUGGCAUUAUUAGCAACAAACCCUGUUGAGAAUGAAAACUAAAUUUUUCUGUCAUUGACAUAAGGUAUCUGAGGAUAUGUUUCUUGCAAAAUAAAAGAUCUGGAAUCAAGUAUAUUUGUGUAAAUCACCCCAAAUACAUUAAGAAACUAGUUGGUUCAGUGAAGUCACAAUAGACAUUUAGCUGCAUGAAAAACUUUGCUGUGAAGAGACAAUCAGGCCUGAGAGUAUAUUGUUUACUGAUAAAACCAAAUUAAACUUCUUUAAUAAUAAUUGACAGUAUGUUCAUAAAACAUGCAAUUGAAACACUGGAACUCCUGCCUUCAGUCAGUUACAAACGUUGCUGAGGGAACAUGAGCAUACAAGAAUGUAGAGAAGAUCAAGAGACAACCAAGCAACCUAGUAAAAUCAUGAGACACACUGCAGGAUAUUUGCAGUAUGUUGACCAGGUGUUGUGCUACAAACAGGGCAAAGAGUUAACACACAAAACAGUAAUAUAUGCAAAUACAUAGUUAUAUUCUUUCAAUAUGAUAAGCUUGUAGACCUUAAGCUCCUAUACUCACAUUAAAUGAUAUUUUCUGGAGUAAAAUAAUACAUUUCACAUGUGUUUCCAUAUUUAUUUCCAAUACUUUAUAUAUAUUUCAUAUAAUUUUGAGUAUAAUUACAAAUUCUUCAACAACUUUAGUUACAUUCAAUAUGGUUCUUAUACAGCAGGUGUUGUACUUUUAAACAGUAUUUUUUGUGCCACUGUUACAUUUCAUUAAUUUUUUUUCACUUUAAGAUAUGCUUUGAAGUUUUUCAUCUUUCACUCUUUGUUGGAGAAACUUGAUACUUGGUAUCAGUCAGUAUGCUUACUUACGUAUUGGUGUUUUCAAGUAUAUAUUUGAUCAUAUUCAUUUUAACCCUUUGCCUUGACAUAUAUAGCCAUUUGGUGCAACAAGUGGAUUUACCCCACAGUGUCACAAAAACUUUUCCUCAUAGUGCGACAAUCGGGAUAUUCACACGUCCUUGAAUUUCUCGCCUUAUUAUCAUGCGACUACAUUACUGAGCAAAAGUGCAACUAGCGUAUUUUGAUAUUGAAAAAUUGCUUUAAAGGUCAAAUUCUAAAUUUCAUUUUUUAGUGGUUAAUUGACACUUUUUGAGAACCCACCCGAAAUAUAACUGUGCGUUCAAAGGGUUAACAUAGUUGAAGAUUGUAUAUAUAGAUGUAUGUAUAAUACUUGUUAGAAUCACUUGGGUUCCAUUUCAUUUGACCUCAGAAAGGUUGCAAAUUUUACUGAUUACAAUUCAGUAGUAUAAUGCUAUACUUCAUUUAAGUAGAAGAAGCUGGUCCUUUACACAGUACCAUUUAUCAGUUUACUGCUUCUCUAAUUACAUAAUAUUAUUACUCAUCAUUGCACUCAUUCUAUAGGAUACAUACAUUCUCAGGGUUGUUUGUUUUUUUUGUUAUGUAUUGAUGAUCAGUUACAUUGAAAACUUACUGUACUCUUCAUAAUACUGGAAAAACAGUGAGAUUUGCUCUAUAAUAUUUAAUAAAACAGUAAAAUAAUUUGUUUUAAAAUCCAGCUUAUUUCCAAAACCAAUGAAUUUCUAUUCUACUAGAUUUAUAUAAAUACACAAGUUAAACACAUUUUAUUGUUCCAGUUAAAAGAAAAAACUUACAUAAACCAGUAAUUCACCAUUAGAGCUUUCUUUAUGUCAGUACACAAAUUCAUCACAAUGUUUUUAUAAACAAAGGAAGAUAAAGGUAAUUUAAUAAAUGUAACUAUUUAGAAUUGAACUGCUAGUAUAAAGGAUAGCUUAUAAAAUAUAGGUAUUAUGAAUGUAACUACCAGAAUAAGGGAUAACUUAUGUAAUCUAAGUAUAGUGAAUUGACAUUCUACAAUAAAAAAUAACUUAUCAAAUGUAUGCAUUGUAAACUGAACUUCUAAGGUAAAAGUUAGCUUGAGAAAUAUGAAUACAAUGGACUAAACUGAUGAAAUUUAAAUGUCAUGGUCUGAAGUGUUAGAAUAAAGGAAAAUUUUCAAGCAUUGUAUACUAAAAUAAUAAUAUAAAGACUGAAUGAAGUUUACAUGAAUUGUACAAAUGGAGAUAAUUUAUUCAGCAAACGUAAUUAUUAGGUAUGUCAUAAUAUAAUGCCAUAAAGUCAUUAGCCCAACUUCUAGAGUGUAAUAAUUUUCUCAUGGAUUUCCAGGUGCUUUGAUGUAGACUAAUAAACCUUGUGGUCAAUCAUCAGAUAUACUAGGACACAGAACUCUUACGUUUGGAUGCUAAUUUCCAAAAAUCAUUUAUUUUUUCACUUUUUAAGUUAAAUUUGAAUGUGGUUAUUUUUCAUGCAUUUUGUCAUUGAAAAAAAAAAAACAUUGAACUGCUUGUUAGUCUUGUGUAUUAUCAGUUGGUCGAUCUGUUAGAAUAUGUUUUUCAGUCAUAUCACAAAGCAGGAAAUUGAGAAUGCCAUUUUAGUCUAGAUUUGUCUGUUUGUGAAUUUCUGAUUUUUUUACAGAUAAUUAGAGCCUAUACUUAUAAAAUUUAUGGCAUACUGAGUAUUUUGGUGAGAUGUGUUAAGAAAUAUGUACAUGUUAUCCUGCCUGAUGCACUGUUACAAUUACAAGUUAUAAUUACUUGUUACCAUUACUUUUAUUAGUUGUAUGAUCAACAUCAUUCAUAACUUAACACCUCAUUACCCUAUGAGGUUACACUGCCUUUCUCAUCAUACAAAGAACAAAUGUUGCUAAUAAAGCUACAAACAUAGCUGAAAAUAGGUAAUUUUUCUCUUGUAUUUUGUGUCUGUAUUUUAGGCUUGCACACAACUUUAAAACUCUUUGAUUAAGUUAUCUAAGUAAGUAUUAUAUCUAAACUUUUGUAGUAGUUUAUAGAUCUAUAUAUUGUGAACAGUGGUAUUCAGUUAUUGCUCUAAACUCAGGCUAAAACCUUUUAUAAGUACCAUAUUUUAAAUGAAAUGCAUAACAUUUUAUGCUUCAAGAGACUUUUUUUGUUAGACCAACUAAUUAUAUCUUAUAAUAACUAUGUGAAAACCUGAAAUUACAUUUUCUUUGUGAAAAAGAUAUGUUUCAAUCUCAGACAUAGCUAUAAAAACAUGAAAGAGGUAUUAUAUUGCAUAUAUUCUAUCUCAGUUUUUUUUAUAAUUGUAAGGCUAUAAUUUUCAAUAUCCUGCUUAGUGCUAAUAUGAAUUAACAGUAUUGGAGGAUUCAAGUGAUCAAAAAUAGUAUGAAGGUUAUUUACACUAUAUGGAUCUUUAUGUGAUUAUCAGUGGAGUGAAUAUAUUUGAAGUGGUAUAGGUUAAUAUUGCAUUUUAAUUCGGUGCCAAGUAUAUUUUGAUAUGUUUUUCAGUGUAACAGACCAAUUGAUGUUAACAGUAUAGCAGUUUGCUCUAAGGUAUUUAAAAGUCACAUAGUAUCAAGUAAUAACUUAUUUCAAAGUGCAUAGGAGUAGUUCAAUGUUUUGUCCUAUUUUAUGUUUAUUACUAGUUAUUAGUUUACUGAAUACACAUAUAUACAUUGCAUCUUAUUAAAUGUAAUUAAUUUCACUUCAGCAUUAACUGGUAAUACCAGUGUAUCUUAUGGUUUCUUUUAUUGUAGAGUGUUGCAAGAUAUUGUAGGUUUUUCCAUUUUAAUCUUCAACUUCAAUAAAUCCUUGUCUUUAAACAUGCCCUA